GUAGUCAACCGACACAACUUUGCCUGACUUGGGAUAAGCUAACCUUGGAAGGCAAAGAAUUGGCUGUUUAUUGGACGCGCACUUAGACCCACUUAGUUUUCCUCUAAAAGCUAUCUUUCAAAAAUACCUCAGCGGUUUAUUUGUGUAUUGACUACAAUGGAGGGCGAAUUACAGGAGCAGCAACUUCUCACGAUUCCAGAGGAAAACGCGGAGCCACUGGACAAACCAGAGACGUUAAAAGAACCAGAGACGUUAAAAGAACCAGAGACGUUAAAAGAACCAGAGGCGUUAAAAGAACCAGAGGCGUUAAAAGAACCAGAGACGUUAAAAGAACCAGAGGCGUUAAAAGAAAUUGUCGAAGUAAAGGAGGGGGUGUUAACUGAAGAAAUGGUGUGUGAAGGUUUAUCCCAUCUUGGACUUGAUCUGACCGGGCAGCAUCAAGUUCUGUGCCACCUAUCCAUACCUAAUCUCAGUCUUAUAGACAUAUCUUUGUUAUGCAAGUAUGUCAAUCUUGAAAAGCUAGAACUGCAACACAACAACAUAGAAGAUAUAUCCUGCCUGAACCACAUACCCCACCUUAUCUACCUGGAUGUGUCCCACAAUGAAAUCUCCAACUUCUUUCAAUUCCAGCCACUCCGGUACCUAGAGGUGGCAAAUUUCUCCCAUAACCGAAUACCAGACAUAAAGAAUCUAGCAGGCUUUCUCUGCCUGCGUCAGCUGAAUCUGGACUACAACUGUCUCUCUGAAGUCAGCGGUCUUACAGAUUGUUCUAUGCUCAACCAUCUCAGCCUGGCAUACAACAAAAUCUCAAAAAUCAGCAACCUGGACAAUUUGCCUAUUACAUAUCUCUGCCUGAAGGGAAACCAGCUCCACUGUGUUGAAGGGUUGGAGAAGUUACAGAACAUACAGGUUCUUGAUUUGUCGAGGAAUUGCAUCACCUCUCUUUCAGGAAUUCAGAAUCUCCGCUAUCUAUACUUCCUCAACUUGGAGAAUAACCAGAUUAUGGAAAUUGAAGAUCUCAAGCAUGCCAUUGAUCUACUGAUGCUGUCGAACCUCAAUCUGCUGGAUAACCCUGUGCAGGAGCACCAUGACUACAGACUGAAAGUCAUCUUUCUCUACCGAGGUUUAUCAAUACUGGACAAUAAGAAAGUCACUGUUGAAGAAAAGGUGUCGUCACUGAACAUGUUUGGCCCUCCUAUGGACAUAGUAGCAGCAACAGAUCACAUCACAAACAUGGUUCACCAAAUGGCACAGCCACAGGUUCUCUAUCAAAGCACAAUGCCUACUCCAAACACCCCAUACCCAAUGCUGGUGGUGACGGGCCCUGAAGGCUGUAGGAAAGGAGACUUGGUUCGCAGACUGUGUCAGGAGUUUGGCAAAGACUUUGGUGUCGGCAUCUGUCACUCUACACGCCAGCCCUACCCUGAAGAGGAGAACGGGGUUGAUUAUCAUUUUGUCAGUGAAGACGAAUUUCAGAACUUAUUUCUCAUGGGUAAAUUUCUCCUGACCAUGCAUUAUGGCAGCCAUCUGUUUGGCCUCAGCAGAGAUGCUAUAGAGGAAGUAGCAAAUUAUGGAGUGGUUUGUUGUUUACAUAUGGAGCUGGAGGGUGUUUUCAGUCUAAAGAAGACUUGCUUUAGGCCUCGAUACAUCCUGCUUAUACCCACGGAAAUAGAGACGUUCAUAACCCACAUGAAAAGCACUAAUCGUUACACCCAGUCACAGAUUGAUCUUGCAGUGCAACGUGUGCCCCUCUAUUCAAAAACCAAUGAAGAACGUCCAGGAUUCUUCGACAACGUCAUUCCAAGUGAUAACUAUGAAGAAGCUUACCAGGCCUUGGUGGAAAUAGUGAAGGACUACAUGUUUGUUGAGGAGCUGUCGGGGGACGAGGAGGAGGUGAAGGAAGAGGAAGAGAAGACGAGAGAGGAGGAGGAGAAACCAAAGGAAGAGGAGGUGGAAAAAGAGAAGAGCAGCGUCGAGGAACCAGCAACAACACCGGUAGAAUCAGAGUCACUCCCUGGCCCAACCAUCGAAACCAGCUUAGCUAAAGUCCAGGCAGAUUCCAGCUGUCAAAAAACAUUGAUUGAGCUUGCCUCCUUGAGGAAGCGAGAGGAGCUGGCGAGGGAAGCUGUUGUUGGAAAGAAACCAGGGUUGCACAGCCACCUCUUCAAACAGUACAGCCAAAAUGUGGCGUCAGCGGAACGUGAUCAAGAUCCUGGUACCCACACUCAGGAGAUUAGCAGCUCAGAAGUAUCUUGUGCCGCCUCAGCUUUAGAUGUUCCCGUGUCACUCGGUGGCACUGUUGAACCUCUAGAGAGAACCCUAUUGGAACACACGACAGAAAUGCUCAACGAAAAUAAAUGCAUGAAACCAAAGGCAAAUCCAUAAAUGAUUGGCUAUGAGAUGAUGUUGUUGCAAUAUGGGACUCAAGACAAAGUCCAUCCUGCCUCCAGUCUCGCCUGGACAUAAGAAUCGUGAAGUCACGCCACCUGAGACACCUUGAAUCUACCCAUAACGGCCCGUCGAAAAGAACGAAGGAGCAAAUGUGGAGGGAGGGUUUUCAUAGAAGAUUUAGUUGUUGUUUUUUUUAAACAAAGCAGAAAAUAUUUGAAGGUAGUUUGUACUUCAAAAAUGAAAAUGUUCUUAGUUAACAUUACCUUGGGAUUUAUUCUGUUCUAUUUUUUGUACUUUCCCAGGUGUGUUUUGUUUAGAGAUGCAUUAUAGACAGAUAUGUCUGAUUCGUUUAGACUGUAAGAGCAAGAAAAUCUGCUGAUAAGACGGAAGGAAGAAAAUAGUACUAUAAUGCUACUCUUGUUUGUCUUGUUGAGCUUUCACUGUCUGUCAUUCUGGAUUUGGAAAUAUUGACAGGCUUUUAUAAAUCUCAGAGUUAAGGUAGUUUUAUGUUUAGUAGGGAAUACACACAAAACUGCUGCUUAUACUUGCUAAUAAAAGAGGCUAAAGACAGUUUAAA